GCCUAUAAUUCGAAACCAAAACUAAAUCCAAAAUUAAUUUUUCCCUACAACAAUCUCUCGAAAAAUAGACCCAGGAUCAACAAAUAUCAAACUUGAAUCUAAACGUAAUAAUAACUCAGACUUUUAAAUUAGCUCAAUAUCUUGAGACAAAGACUUCAAUUUGUUUAUUUGAUUAGUAGCUUUCCCUUGUGGGGAUGUAAGCCCAAAGUUUCCAAUCGCACUAAUUUCAGGUCAAUAAUCUUCCUCUAAUCAAUCAAAUGGAGAUGAACAAGAACAAGAUCAAUAACAAAUACCUGUUACUACUCAUUCCCCUGUCCCUCUUCUUCCCAUUCUCCAAUUCUUCUCAGCCGCAUUUUCACAAACACUUUGUCUUCAUCCACGGAUCCUGCCAUGGCGCCUGGUCCUGGUUCAAACUCCUCCCUCUCCUUAAAUCCUCCGGCCACCGCGUCACCGCCCUCGACUUGGCCGCCUCCGGAAUCGACCUCCGGCAACCGGACACCGUCCGAUCCAUUUCUCAAUACUUCCAGCCUCUGGUUGAUUUCAUGUCGGCUCUCCCUCAGCACCAAAAGGUGAUCCUCGUCGGGCAUAGCCUUGGCGGAUUGGCCGUCGCGAAAGCCAUGGAGGAGUUUCCGGCGAGGAUUUCCGCGGCCGUGUUCGUCACUGCUACGAUGCCCGGCCCGGCUUUGAACAUAUCGAUGAUUUAUGGGAAGGUGUUCGAGAGGAAUUAAUCAAUGAUGGAUAGCGUUUACUCGUAUGGCGAUGGCCCCAAUCGGCCUCCCACUGCCUUCGUCUUUGGGCCGCGCUUUUUGGCUUCCAAAGUUUAUCAGCUCAGCCCACCUGAGGAUUUAACAUUGGCGACAUUGUUAAUGAGGCCAGUGUCAUUGUUCGGUGAAAAAGACAUCACCGAUGAAUUGAAGCUGUCGGAGAAAAAUUAUGGUUCAGUUAAACGAGUAUUCGUCAUGUCGGAAAAGGAUUUGGUUGGUAAUAGAGAUUUUCAACGGUGGAUGAUCGAGAAGAACCCACCUGAUCGUGUGGUGGAGAUUGAAGGAUCAGAUCAUAUGGUGAUGAUGUCUAAGCCUUUGGAGCUGUGGGCCCAUCUUGAACUCAUUGCUCAAUACUAUCCUUAGCCUUUAGCUUAAUCCGACAUGUCGUUGCUUCAAGUCUACUUUUUUGAGUGGGUGUGUGACACUUUCUUACGAAAUAAGAACUAAUGAUGUGUUGAUAAUAUAUAGUUAUAAAUCGAUGUUCGUGAUUAUAACUUUAGGAUCUGUUGAUA